AUAAUGUUGGUGUUUCCGGUACAAACCUUUCACGAUAAAUCUGUGUGGGAGAUAAACGAACUGUGAUGAAAGUAUAUACAAGUACAGUGACAAUGUUUUACCCAGAAAGUGUUCCUUCCAAGAUGUAACGUUAUUCAAAUCAAUAUAAAACUACAAAUUGUGGCUCAAACCCAGAUUAGACAUUUAUUUUGAAGAACAAUAUUUCUGUUUGUGUGUCGCGGGCUCUCUGCAGGUGAUUCAAACAUCACAGAACACGGAGGUUCCCGGGACUCAUUUGAUCUGCUCUCACGUGCAGGAGAAUGGAUCUUGAAGGUAGCCCACAUAGUCCAGACGGAGAGACCACCACGCUAGACCCCAAAUACCAGAGAAGUCGGAGGAGCCUUACUGUGCUCGCCACGAAGUUUGUCAGCUUGUUACAAGAAGCUGAAGGCGGUGUGCUGGACCUGAGAGACGCCAUCAGGGUCCUGGCUGUCGGAGAGAAAAGGCGAAUCUACGACAUCACAAAUGUUUUGGAGGGCGUUGGUGUGAUUGUGAAAAUCUCCAAGAGCAUUGUAAAGUGGAAUGGCACAUUGCCAGGAGAAAAUGCAUACAGAGUAAGCAACAGAGUGAUGGCGCUGAGGGCGGAGCUGAAGGACUUGGAGCGGAAGGAAAUUAUGUUGGACCAGCAGAAAUUCUGGGUUGAGCAGAGCACCAGAAACACAAGAGAAGACUGCAGCCAUCUGACCUAUGUGAAUCAUGACGAUAUCUGCAACUGCUUCAGCGGCAAUACUCUCUUGGCAGUACAAGCGCCAUGUGGCACACAGCUAGAUGUGCCCAUUCCCAAAGCUGUCCAGAACUGCCCAGCAAAGUACCAGAUCUAUCUGAAAAGCAUCAAUGGACCGAUAGAUGUUGUACUUCUUAACAAACUCUCCGUCAGCUCUGUUCCUGUCGUGCUGCCAGUCCCACCGCCUGCAGAACUUUUACGGAGUGCCAAAUCAGCCAUGUCCACUUCAGACGAGACCGAAGGCAGCAUCGCGCCGUGUCAGGCUUCAGCUAAUAUCAAACAUGGCACCAAAUCUAGAAGGACAUUCAUAGAGGACAUGCUGCACCUUCAGCCGUCGUCACGUUCGAAUGCCGAGCCGAACAGAACCGCUUCAUCUGAAUUGCGAGAUUUAUCAAAAGAACUGCAGGACCUACUACGCCCGACCAAAGCAAUAAUGAAUGCAGAUCUGCUGAAGAAUCUUAUAGCCUCUGAUGUCAUGGUUGCCUCUGCUUUUCAGUUUUUUGUCCCCUCCGUCUAUCUCCGCCUCCAUUUCAACAAGAAGGCGUCUCUGACCUCAUUGACACCCCCAUGCUCAAUGUUUGACCAUAAACUUCUUUAAGGACUUCAAAGAAAGCAGUUUACUCCAGAAAUGUACAUAGUUGCCUGUUUUUAAUUAGUUAUUUGAUUAUACCAAAUAUUAAACAAAUGAUUUUCAACAUUGUGUCUACCUCAUUCAUAUACUGAGAAGCAGAAACUAAUGUAAAUACUUUGCAAUUUUAUACAGUCCAAUACAAACUGUAAGUAGGAUCCAUCCUCUGGGGAGCAUGAAUGUCGGCACACAAUGUUGUGCCAAUCCAUCCGGUAUAUGAGAUAUUUCAGUCUGGACCGUCCCGAGAGCCGUGGCCAGUUCCCCCUGAUCUCCUUGUGAAGAGGCUCAACAGUUGUAUUUACCCUCCUAUAGACUGUGCCUGAAUAAGGAAAAAUGAGGUGAAGUGGUAUUUACACAUUCGAGAUGCAUUUGAUUCAUAUUAUUCAGUAUUAAUAGUAACUA